AUCCCCCCACGGAUAUCAAGCAUUACGUACUGCUCUACACUGACAAGGAGUCUAUGCAGCAGGCAUUUAGCAUCGCUAAACUUUCUCGUUGCCUCAUUUAGCUGUCUCAAGCUCUACUCUACUGUUUACAUCAUACCAUUGACCUGACUUCAUCAUUCAUUCAUUGCUUUUCUCGCUCAUCUAUUGUUUUCUUGGGGAGCUGUCGUUGAGCCUCUCGUGACCACUGGAGUCGGCGAUUGUAUGUUUAAGGGCGAUAGGCCACUAGGCCCGUAAUGCCCGGCACCAGUUACACACACACACACACACACACGUCGAUCGCUUCAAGGUGCAAUAAGGGCGAUGGGAUGUUUUUGGUCUACACAUUAGUAUAGUGUAUUAUCCAGAUAAGCCAUGACAAAAGUCAGACCGCCUAAGGCUCAGAAUCCAUCCCGGAUGUGUGUCAGUGGGAGACCCUGGAAGCAACUCCCCGGGAGAAUGACUAUCAAAGUUAAGGCAAGCAAAAGGGACUAUCGUCCUCCUGCUAAGCCCGGCAUGAGCAAGUUCGAUGCCCGGAAAAUUCGCGAGCGCGACCUAUCCUUGGCUAAAGGACGCGAAGCAGAACUAAGAGCCAUCGCUAAAGAGAAGAGGGCUAUCGCCAACAAGAAACGUGUGGAGAAGGCGGAAAGGAAGAAGGAGAACGAGAUCAGGAGCGGCCAGUACCAGGUGAUAAAGAAUACGAGCAAGCUCCGCAGAUAUGACAAGAAGGCCAUGUCCAAAGUGAUGAAGAUGAGCCCGGAGAUGAUUGAGGAAAUUAGUCGGAAGGGGCGUCGCUCCACCCGGACAAGUGUUACUCCUUCGUUCAAGUAGUCACUUGAGUGGGUGAGCUGGUCACUAACUCCACACGU